AUGCUAUUAUCAAGUCUAACGCGACAUAGUCGUACACGUAACCUACUAAGAUCAACUUAUACUUUCCAUUUCAUUCGUAACCAAUCCCUUGCAUCUCAUCAUACGCCCAUUCCGUAUUAUCCAAAACAAAAAUCAUACAAAGAACGAGAUGAACAAAUCAAUCCCAUUAAUCCAGAAGAAUAUUCUCAAGCAGAACCGAAUCCCGAUGAUCAAAUCAUAAUAGCAAUGAGCUCAGGUGUAGAUUCAUCUGUAUGUGCAGCUCUAUAUGCUAAGAAAUACAAAAACGUCAAAGGGAUCUACAUGGCUAAUUGGUCACAGACUGCAUCAUGUACAGAACGUGAUUGGAAGGAUGUUCAAAAAUUAUGUGAACAAUUAAAUAUCCCAUGUGAACGAGUUAAUUUCGAGAAAGAAUAUUGGUUAGAAGUUUUCGAACCGAUGAUACAAAAAUACUCUGAAGGUUUAACUCCAAAUCCUGAUACCAGUUGUAAUAAAUAUGUUAAAUUUGGUAAAUUAUUUCAAUAUUUAAAUGAUAAAUAUAAAACUCAAAAAUGGUGGUUAGUCACUGGUCAUUAUGCUAGAAUAAUGAAACAUACCCCAACUGGGGAAUAUCAUCUCCUAAGAGGACUUUCCCGUAACAAAGAUCAAUCAUAUUACUUAUCAACCAUCCCUCCUUCCACUAUGUCCCAGGUCCUCCUUCCCAUUGGCCACCACAUCAAACCCGAUGUCCGAGAAUUAGCAAAAGAGUUCAACCUCCAUGUAGCCCAAAAACCCGACUCUCAAGGAUUAUGUUUCGUAAGUCCCGACCAAAACAAUUUCACCGAUUUCUUACGUGACUAUAUCCCAGCCAAUCCUGGAAAUAUCGUUACUGAAGAUGGCAAAAUAUGGGGCAAACAUGAUGGACUCUGGACUGCUACUAUUGGACAAAGAGCAAGAAUAAGUAUGCCUCAAGCAGAUCCUAAAUAUUCUGGUACUUGGUUUGUCAGUGAUAAAGAUCCAAUUAAGAACGAAUUAGUAAUUGUUCGGGGAUCAAAUAAUCCGAAAUUAUUUAAAUCAGGAGUGGUUUUGAAUUCUUUGGAUUGGGUAUAUCCCGUUGAAAAAGUCUUGGAUAUCCCAAAUAAUGAAAUUCAAUUCCAGAUGAGUUCGUUGUCAAAUCCAUUUGACAUUGAAACAUUUAGUGUUUCUACUGAGACGAAUCAAGUUAGUAUUAGAUUGAAGAAACCAGGCAGGGCACUUGCUCCUGGUCAAGUGGGAUGUUUAUAUAGAGGAAAUCAAGUAUUGGGCUCAGGUACAAUAUCAUCAGUUGAAUAA